CACAUUGCCUUGACCACAACCUCCAUUUCUAGCCGAAGAACCCUCCUUUCAAGCAUUUCAUCAAACAUUUCUUCUGCAUUCUCUCAAACAUGGAUAAACAGCCCCAAAAGACUGAAACUUUUCACAGUGAUUCUGUCACUAGAACUAUUAAAGAUCUUAUUUUGAAUGAUGGUGUUAGUAUUGGUUUUUGUAGCAGUACCGCUUCUGGGUCUGAUUCUGGUGUUAGUAGUAGCAGUACUAGCAUUGGUACUAGCAGUUUUCAGGAUUGUAGGGUGAAUACCGCUGUCAGCUUAAGCGUCUGCAGUAGUAGUAAGAUUUCUGGGUCUGAUAACGGCAAUAGUUUUAGUAGCAAUGUUAGUAACGCUACCGUUGAAGCAAACAAGAAUGUGGACUCUAGUGUUGAUUGUGAAGAGAGUGAAAAGAGCAGUUUUGAUGCAAAUGACAGUAGUUUUAGGAGCUCUUGCCCAUCAAAACCGCAUAAAGGCAAUGAUAUUAGAUGGGAUGCCAUACAACGUGUUAAGGGGAAAGAUCGGGACUUGGGGCUGGGUCAUUUUAGGCUAUUGAAGAAGCUAGGCUGUGGAGACAUAGGGAGUGUUUAUUUGGCUGAGUUAAGAGGGAUGGGGUGUUUGUUUGCAAUUAAGGUCAUGGAUAAAGGGAUGUUAGCUGGGAGAAAGAAGUUGAUGAGAGCACAGACCGAGAGGGAGAUACUGGCUUUACUGGAUCAUCCAUUUUUACCUACACUCUAUUCACAUUUCGAGACACAGAAGUUUUCUUGCUUGCUGAUGGAGUUUUGCAGCGGUGGGGAUCUUCAUAUCCUAAGGCAGCGACAGCCUGGCAAGCAUUUCUCUGAACCAGCAGCAAGGUUCUAUGCUUCAGAAGUGCUUCUGGCCCUUGAGUAUCUGCACAUGAUGGGAGUGGUAUACAGGGAUUUGAAGCCUGAAAAUGUAUUAGUGAGGGAGGAUGGCCAUAUCAUGCUAUCUGACUUUGAUUUAUCAUUACAAUGUUUUGUCAAUCCUACCCUUGUGGAGUCCAGCACCCAGCCAUCAUGUAGGAUCUCUGCAUACUGCAUUCAACCAGCAUGCAUUGAUCCAGCCUGUAGAGUACCAGUGUGUGUGGAACCUUCAUGUUUGCAACCAGCUUGCUUUAGGCCUCGUUUUUUCAGCUCCAAAACUGCCAAGGUGAAAAGUGAAAGAACAGGCUUGGCAAAUUCAGAUUCACUUCCUGUACUUAUUGCAGAGCCAACUAAUGCCCGCUCUAUGUCAUUUGUUGGGACACAUGAGUAUUUAGCUCCUGAGAUAAUAAGAGGAGAUGGCCAUGGGAGUGCAGUGGAUUGGUGGACAUUUGGCAUUUUCUUAUACGAAUUACUGCUAGGAAGGACACCAUUUAAAGGCAAUGGUAACCGGGAAACACUAUUCAAUGUGGUUGGUCAGCCCCUAAAAUUUCCAGAGGGAUCUUCUCUCAGUUUUGCUGCUAAGGAUUUAAUCCGAGGUCUGCUUGUAAAGGACCCACAGAAGAGAUUAGGCUUCAAAAGAGGUGCCACAGAGAUCAAGCAGCAUGCUUUCUUUGAAAGUAUUAAUUGGGCACUGAUUCGCAGCACACAUCCUCCUGAAAUACCUAAACCAGUUGAUCUUGCAUUUUUAAAUCACGGGCACAAGGUAUCCUUGCCUCCAAACCAUAAGGGAGCUACAGACUCGGAAAAGUCAUCAGGUCCUUACUUAGAUUUUGAAUUCUUCUAAUAAAAUUUUGCCAGGAACUCAUAGUUGCUAUCUUGAGGAGCUUGUUUUACAUUGUUCAUGUGCCUUCAUUUGCUCAAUGAAAAUCUUCUCAUCUU